AUGACGUACGGCUUGCAGGUCACCAGCGCUCCGCCCCAUCUGAUAUCCAAGAUGAUGCGGACUGUGCGAGAAGGCUGGUCCAGCACGCCACCUGCCUCGUCGACCUGGAUUGCCUCCAUGCUCGAGCCUAGCGUUUACCGGCACCCCGAGUCCAUGGCCGUCACAGGUCCGCUUCACACUUGGGCGGUGAUGGUCGCAGCGGGGAGAGUCUCGAGGGAGAUGCUGCAGGACGCGUGGCAGGUCCAGACGAUAAAGGCGCCCGACCCCUGGAAGGUGAUCGAGGGCCCCGCUGGUGCAGUUGCAGUCCAGAUGCAGAGGCGCGACUACGAGUCCCUCAGAUGGCGUGAAUGGGCGACCCGAGAGGAGCAGACGCCCGAGCUGCCUCAGGCGCGCGUUCCUCGGGCGCCAGGCCGCUACUGGCUGGAGCCGCUCAGGGAGCUGUUCGCGGACGCUGAGACGCGUGCCAGAUGGCGCAUGUCGCAAGUCGCCAUCGCCUGCCUCCGCUCCACAGUCAUCGGAGGCCAGUGGUCGCAGCAGCGUCUAUUUCAGCAUCGGUACGCCGAGUCGAGCGAAUGCCAAGCCUGCAGA